AUGGGUGUAAACCGUCGUCCUCCACCAGCAUAUACUGCUCCUCCGGACUCUACAGUCCAUGCUUCUUCCGAAGUCUACAGAGCCAUCUCAAACACUGCCUCAGAUGACUCCCGGAGAACCCUAGAGACAUCUUUCACCAUUCGUCCAUGCUCUGGACAAGCAUGGGUUGUACCGGCCGGGCAUGUUUGUCGUCUAACUACCCCAAAGGGCCCUCAAGUGGGUGAUCUGAACAUAUGGAAUGCAAACAAUCCCAGAGAGCGACUUUGGGCAGCGCGCACCCGUCAAAUUCAUGCCUCCCACGUAUCUGUUGGAGAUCGCCUUUGGUCCAAUCUUCCAUACCUCCGGCCGCUCGUUACCAUCACGGGUGAUUCACUUGGAGGCGGACAGCUGCAUGAAGUGCUUGAUGUAGAGGGUAAACGGACAAAGGGCUUUGGAACGACUCAAUGGGGAGGACGAGUUCAUGAUCUUCUGGGUACCCGAUGCGAUCCCUAUGUGAAUCUCCUGAUGGGUGGCGAGUCCUUCGACUUUCAUUGUCAUUCGAACCUGACCCGCUCUGUACUCCCAUACGGAUUGACAGAACUUGACGUGCACGACGUCCUGAAUGUGUUUCAGGUGACUGGGUUGGAUGAAGAAGGCAAGUACUUCAUGGAAACUUCCCCGGCGAGGUCAGGAGAGUAUUUCGAGUUCUUCGCUGAGGUCGAUGUUUUGUGUGCACUCUCGGCGUGUCCUGGUGGUGAUUUGUCCAACUGGGGUUGGGAGGAAAAAGGCGAAAACAUGGGAGCCACUACCCGUCCGCUCGGGGUGGAAGUGUACAAAUUGACUGACCCCAAGGUCCUGGAGAACUGGAAGGCGCCUGAGCCUCCUAAGUAUAGAGGAAUACAUGGGUUGACGAUGCCACCGCGUGAACACGAUGGAUCAGGCUACGUUGGGUUGUAG